AAUGGCUGUACUUUCUCCCUUUCUUUGCCAAUAUUUACUCUUGCUCUUUGCCUUUGCCACUAUUUAAUUUUGCUCUGUUUAAAACAGGCCAUUCAGAGAGGCAAUAUAGAAGUUGCAAGAAUACAUGCUGAAGAUGCAAUCCUCCAGAGGAACGAAGCAAUUAAUUUUUUGAGAAUGAGUGCUAGAGUUGAUGCUGUGGCAGCCAGAGUUCAAAUUGCAGUAACAAUGGGCAAGGUAACUAAGUCUAUGGCAGGUGUAAUCAAGUCUACUGAUGCUACAUUGAGGAGUAUGAAUCUUGAAAAGAUUUCUGCCCUGAUGGACAAAUUUGAACACCAGUUUGAAACACUUUAUGUUCAAACACAACAAAUGGAAGACAAAUGAGUAGCAACAGGUAAGAAGACUUUCUCUACUUCGGAUAACUUUUUAAAAUAACCCAACAUAAAAAUAUAAAGGCUUUUGAGCCUAAAUCAUCUCCAGAAUGUGCGCUAAACAUAGUGUCUCCCCAAAAUGUAAGUAAGAAAAGUACGCUCUGCUCCAGAUUCCUGAGGACAUGUUGGAAGAUGACAUCCCUUAUCCUGUUUUGAAAUUCUAAGAAUUAUACUAGAUCAGAUGUCUCAAAAGUAUAGGACUUGGUUCUACCUUGCUUCCAGUGGUAUUUUUUGGUGAAGGCAUUGCAUUAGAGGCUCAUUGAGGUUAGUGGGUAUUAGGUAUUAUCCUAAUCCUCAGCUAAUUAAUCUCAUUGCAAAUACUGUUCUGCUUCCUUAUGUACUUUUUUGGAGUGUUAUUUAUGCACAAGUCACAGGUGACCAAAUAAUAAAUUGCAAGAUCAAUUAUUUGUCAUAAAGCCAAGAUAUUUUCAAAACCUGCAACUUAGAGAUCUGCUACAAAAAAAUUAAAAUUUGAAACUAGUUUCCAUGUGACAUGAGCAAGCAACAAAGUUUUGUGAAAUUUAAAUAUCCAUAUAGAAAAUUUCUUUCAUUAUCCCUUUUUUUUUGAUCCCAGAAUCUAUCACAUAGUCAAUCAAAUGAACAAAGAACUUGUUACCAUUACUUCGUUUGCUAACGUGGAAACAAUAUUAAAAAUCUAGUAAAUUUAGGGGCACCUGGGUGGCUCAGUUGGUUAAGCAUUCGACUUCGGCUCAGGGCAUGAUCUCGAGGUCCAUGAGUUCAAGUCCCACAUCGGGCUCUGUGCAUACAGCUCGGAGCCUGGAGCCUGCUUCAGAUUUGUAUCUCCCUCUCUCUCUGCCCCUCCCACGCUCAUGUUCUGUCUGUCAAAAAUAAGUAAACAUAAAAAAAAAAUUUUUUAAAUCUUGUAAAUUUACAAGACAGAUUAGGAAGAAAACAACCAACCAUCCAUCAAAAUUUUAUUCUAUAUAACUCUUUUCACAGAGGUAAAUAAUAAGAGAACAUGCCUAUAUUUAGGUUGUAGAGUUAAGAAAAAGAAAGAAUUCAUGUGUAUAUGUUAUAGGGAGUAUAUAUUUAGACAUUUUAUAUCUCCUCUAAAGCCUUGUUCCCCCAAGUGUGGUUCAAGAAUUAGGAACAUCUGUAUCAUCUGGGACCUCUUUAGGAAUGUAGAAAUUCAGACCCUAUCCACAGAUGUAUUGAAUCAGAAUUAGUUUAACAAGAUUCUCAGUGAUUUUUAUGCACCAAGUUUUGGAAGCACUGUCCUAGAGUUUCUGAUUCUUAUUCAAGUUCCUUGAGUUGAUCUGCAGAUGAUUUUAUGAUCAGUCAAGUUUAGGAAACACAAGUGAGUUGGAAAAAUGACUUGGAAGUCAGGACCCUUGGAUUUCUGAUCCCUAUUCUACCACUAAUUAACUUUGGGACCUUAAGAUAGAUACUCACUCAGUACCUUGGGCUUCAGUUUCCUUAGCUAUAAAAUGUAGGGGUUGGAUAUGAUGAUAUAUAAAUGCCUUUUAGCUCUAAAAAAUCUUGAGAUUCAUUCACCCAACAUUUGCUAAGCACCUUCACCUGCUUCAGGUACUGUGCUAGGUACUGGGGACAUUCAAAUAUAUACAAAACAUUCUUCAUA